AGGAACUCUACAACGACAUGCAUGACGAAGCACUUUUGAUAGCGAAGCUAGAACCUAAGGUCUAGUCCUGCUGGAGCGACACCUAACUCCUGAACAAUCAGCUGAACUAGCUGGAUCAAUACCCUCACCCGAGUCCUUCUGAUGAACCCCCCCUUUGAGAGAGCUUCAUUGCCGAAGGGAAGCAUCGGUGGGAAUUGAUGAAAAUUUCCCCUGCUCUAGGGCGACUUUGGAACUUUGGCGUUUACAAGUUGUGGUGCCUGCCAUUUCCAAAAGAUCGAUUCGUGGCAUUGUAUGAAAAAGAUCGUGAUCGCAAUGCUUUCAACGCCGUUGGAGCCCAGAAGGGACUUGCGCAUACCAGGAAAUUUGAGGAUGCGCCGAGAACACUCAAGUUAUAUCACUCACGCUACCGAUGCAACGAUGCGGAACGGAACGCGAUGCGGUCUGCAUGGGUCUUUCUCGUCAGCAUGAUGCAAUCGCUCCUCGGGACGGAUCGAUAAUACCAUCAUGGUCUAUCAAUUCCGCACCGUAUAUGAACCGGUCUUCAGCUCAAAGGUGAAAACAACGGACAAUAACCUAAAUCCUGUUCGGAGGCCAGCUAAGUGGCAUCUCCUUUCAGUGUCAUCCAGUGUAACCAUCCAUGCUACACAGUACGUAACUCUCUCUCUGGGCCACCGAUCUAGAAGAAUCAAGCAUGAACACUCCCCAGCAGGAUUUCACGAAUGAGAGCCCAGGACAAUCUGACAGAAAGGCUGGUCCUUCAUUGGCCAGGCCUGUAUCGAUCUACCGAUCCCAGCCAACCAAUCCCUUGCCACCAACCAACGCUUUCCUGCUGACCAACCUUUCGCUGCCAACCCACUCUUUGAUUCGGACGUGCCUGUUGGUGUUGAAUAUAUAUGAGCGAUCUCGGAGAGACAGAAGAUGCACCUAGGUCUGAUGGAAAGGCCUGAUUUAACGAACGGUGAAAUGCCAGAAACCAUUAGGAAUUGAG